AUGGAGGACCAUGGUCCUCUUAGAAAAUGGAACAGCUGCAAAGAUCACCUGCUGAUCCCUGCCACUCCAAGAUCAGGCAUUACGAAGCUUCAUGUGUACGAUUUCGACAAUACCCUGUAUUGCAGCCCGCAUCCGAACCGCCAGCUUUACACCAAAGUGCUUUAUGACACAUUGUUCAAUUCGUCGACCAUUCUCGAUGGGGGCUGGUGGUCAGAGCCCAGUUUUUUGGAACAGUCCUUUAGGGAUAUGCUUAAUUCGGAUGAAGAACAGCAAGCGCAGUACUGGAAUCAAGAAAUCAUUAAACUGGCACAAACUUCCUAUGAAGAUCCGCACACCAUAUCUGUUGUUUUAACUGGCAGGAAAGAAGUUUAUUUCCAUGACAUCUUCAAUGAGAUGUUUAGCUCUUUUGGGAAAGCUUUCUUCAAUGCAAUCUGUUUGAAGAGAGCAAAUAUAAGUUCAACUACCGCUGAAUACAAGAUAUCGUUGAUUGAAGAUUUUCUGGAUCAUUACAAAUCCUUGCAAGAGCUCAUUGUCUAUGACGAUCGCUUGGCUCAGGUUAAAAAGUUCGAGAAGGUGUUCGGGAGAGACAAGGUAAUACAUGUUCAGCCAAGCUUCAAGAUGCUGGAUAUGUCUGAGGAAACUCGAUUGGUUGGUCAAAUUUUUCAGAGAUCAAAAAUGAAAGAAUGCCUCGCCUGGACUCCCAAAGCAGCGGGCUUUAUAUUAGACUACUCCUCGCAUAAGAAAUUGGUCCGGUGGACGUUCAACUUCUUCAGAAAAAAGUAUAAGAUGUCUUCACUCCCCCAAUGGCCCACAUACAUCCCAUUGACAUUUGAGUCCGACCUAGAAAUCGCGAGGAUCUGGUCCAACAAUGAUCUAGUAACCGUACAAUCACAAGACAAGGUCAAACAAAUUUGCGACAGUUUCUACUCGCAACCAAACCUUCAAGGCGAGAAAAUGUUCCAAUUCGAUGUCGUUAAGAUGGGAUACUCCGUGACCGACAAGAGGCGUAGUAAGGUCACUAUUUUCUACAAGGCCAUCCCUGCGGACAACGCCUAUGUUUCUUCCACGUCCCAGACCAUGUUUGUAAUCAGUACCGAGGAGGAGACAACCAGGAAUCCAUCGAUAGCCAUAGGUGUUAGAUGGGCCUCUUUGGACAGGCGAAUUAGGGUGAGAACCUGUUUCGGACACUCCGAGAGACUGACCUACGUUGCGAAACCCUAA